AAGAAAAUUGGAAUCCAUGUUUGCCAACCCAAAAUACUGCGUAUCACUCGCACAAUGAGGACAAACCGUGAAAUUCGGAUCGCCUCGUAUUCGGUAUUUAUCGGCUUUCUUUCGGCUCUCAUCCUCGUCCAACUUUACUUGUCGAGAUCAGACGCCCGGAGGAAGCGCAUCGACGAGAUUCAUCGAAAACAGGAGGAACGAUUUCGCGUAUUAGGUGACUACCAAGCAGUGCUACAAGAACCUUGUAAGAACCAGCAACCUCGAGCCUGUCCGCGGUGCCCGGAUACAAAGGUUUUACUUCCGGAGUCACUUCAUAAAUUUGUGGAUGAUCAUAUGAAGAUUCAGAGGGGGAGUCCACUGGUGAUCGCCAAGGCGCAGAGUAAAGGAAUUCCAAGUUACUAUCUAUCAACUCAUCCAAAAGAGAAAGACCAAGAGACAGCCCAUCUACUAUCGGGACAGACAGGUUGGCAGGAUAAAACACUGAUAAGACUUUGUCAUCUAAUGAACAACGCCCAUGAGGAUGCAUUCUUUGUAGACGUUGGAGCAUACGUAGGUACCAUAGCAAUGGGCGUGGCUGCUUGCGGGCAUCGGGUAGUUGCCAUAGAGCCGCAUCAUCAAAACUUCCAGCUCCUCCAAGAGAGCGUUGCUCUUAACAGAUUACCUGAGGACAGGAUCUUUCUCUAUAACAUAGCGAUUGGUAACCAAACGGGAAAGACAUGCAUGGCAGCUAGCUCCAGUGAUCAUAGCAAUGCCAGGAUACCACCCUCAGAUCAGAAAAGUCCGCUGUACUGCAAAAAUGGGGAAAUUCCCAUCAGCAGACUGGAUGACGUCACAAAGGAACUUCCAGUGUGGAUCCUACACAUCGACGUUCGUGGUUAUGAACCGGCAGUCAUCGCCGGAGCCGAGAAACUACUCUCCAGAGAUUCCCCGCCAAAAUACCUCAUGUUUUCCGUUCAACGCCAAUACAGCACAAAUGCCUUGGGGAAUACCCUAGACUUCUCCGAUAUUUUGGACUGGCUAAUUAAGAUUGGAUAUAAACUAAAGACAGCAAAACAUGAAAGUAUCAAAGUUGGUAAAGAAUACCUCGCCCAAUUGGGCUACGAUACAGAUUACGUAACUGCAGUAUUUGAACCAGAAUCAUAGACACUUUCAUCUAAUCUUUAUCUGCUCUCGACCAAGGUGAGGUAAAUGCGUACCGGCAGGAAGUACUUCCUCAAAAAGCAGUGCGCACCGAAAUAGGUAGACUAGCUCACCCGGGGUAAUAUAGGAGCGCCUUGAGAACCUAUGUAGCAAAGUGGAUAUGUGCAUGCGUUAUACAAAUCCUAUAUUAUUUUAACUAUUAGAUGCGAAAUUAAUCUUUACAAAAUAUUCUACAUGUAUGUACAGGCCAUAUACUUAAAGGGGAUGUCCACUCCAGCAACGAGUUGCUUUGUAUUAAACGAGAAAAGGCGAAUAAGCUAUAGACCCCUGAAAAUUCAUCAAAAUCGGAUGCAAACUAAGAAAGUUGUGACAUUAAAGAUUUUGUUUAAUUUUUCACAAAACGGU